CUAUCGUUGUCUUUCUUAGCAAUCAGGAGAGCAUACCGGCAAGCACUGAACACCAAGGCCGUACCGAGGCUCUGCUCCGCGGCUACCUACCGAUCACGUUUUCUACUACUAUGGAAGGCUCAGGAAUACCUGCGCGUGCUGCUGGCCGGCAGCAGGUUCUGCUGAAUCAUCUGCGUCCGGCGGGCAACACAGAGGCGGCUUUUGAAAGGAUGCAGCUUCAGGCCAGUGCUUGCGCAGCAGGUGACUCCGCUGCAUACGAGAGGCGUGCCUCGGGCCCCGACGAUGUGGUCAUUGUCAGCGCGCUGCGCACGCCCAUCACCAAGGCCAAGCGCGGUGGCUUCAAGGACACACUGCCGGAUGACCUGAUGGCGGCUGUGUUCCAGGCCACCUUGGACCGCACAGGCAUUAACCCUGCGGACAUUGGCGACAUCGUGAUUGGGAGCGUGCUGGGAGACAGCUCUCAGCGCGCCAUCCAGGUCCGCAUCGCCGGCUUCCUGGCAGGCAUCCCAGAGAACGUGGCCGUGCACACCGUCAACAGGCAGUGUUCGUCGGGCCUGCAGGCCAUCGCCAGCGUGGCGGCUGCCAUCCAGGCGGGCUACUACGAGAUCGGCCUGGCCGGCGGCGUGGAGACGAUGAGCACCAACCCCAUGGCAUGGGACGGCGGUGUCAACCCCAAGAUCGCCGACAACCAAAAGGCCCAGGACUGCCUCCUGCCCAUGGGCGUGACGUCGGAGAAUGUGGCGGAGAAGUACGGGAUCACGCGCAAGGACCAGGAUGAGCUGGCGGCGCGCAGCCACAAACGCGCAGCCGCAGCCCGCGGCAGCGGCCGCUUCAAGGACGAGAUCGUGCCCGUCAAGACCGUCUGGAAGGACCCUAAGACGGGUGAGGAGAAGGAGAUUGUGGUGAGCGAGGACGACGGCAUCCGCCCGGGCGUGACGGCCGCGGCUCUGGGCGGCCUCAGGGCUGUCUUCAAGAAGAAUGGCACCACCACCGCCGGCAACUCCUCGCAGAUCAGCGACGGUGCUGCGGCGGUGCUGCUGAUGAAGAGGCGCGAGGCGGCCAAGCGCGGUCUGCCGGUGCUGGGCAUCUUCCGCUCGUUCGCGGCCGUUGGCGUGGACCCGGCCGUCAUGGGCAUCGGCCCUGCCGUUGCCAUCCCCGCUGCCGUGCAGAAGGCCGGCCUCUCCAUCGACGAUAUCGAUGUCUUCGAGCUCAACGAGGCCUUUGCUUCCCAGGCGACGUACUGUGUGAAGAAGCUGGGCCUGGACCCUGAGAGGGUUAACCCCAACGGUGGCGCUGUCGCUCUGGGCCACCCUCUGGGCUGCACCGGCGCUCGGUGCACGGCGACGCUGCUCCACGAGAUGAACAAGCGCGGCAAGGCGUCUAGGUUUGGCGUGGUGUCCAUGUGCAUCGGCUCCGGCAUGGGCGCGGCCGCCGUCUUCGAGCGCGGCGGUGAGGUUGACGCUCUGCGCAACGCCGCCCCCACCCAUGCCCAGGGCUUCCUCUCCCACGACGCCUCCAUUUGAGCCGCCUGCAGCUGAAGCUUGUUUUAUGCGCAGUGGUCCACACCAAGGGAAUUGAGGUUCUGAGGGCCCAGCUGCACAGCGGCACGGGUCGUGCAUUCUAAUCCUUGCUGAGCAGCAGUGAUAUUUUCUGGUGCUAGUGCCAAUCGUGAGGCCUCCAGCGGCUUGAGUGAUGUAGAUCUUUGGUGUAAGUGUUUCUAGGACUAGGAGUUAGGUUAGGAAGCAUUUGUCGGGCUUGCGUGCUCUAGGGCUCUCUCAAAGGUUCAAAGAGCUUGAUUGUUCUGGUCUCUGUGUAAGUAGGGAAUCAGCGUGAUAAAUGCAUUGCUGUGGCAUCUGUCAACGGAUGCUGCGACCAUUUUGAGACAAUUACCUUCGAAGAGGAGGCUAGCAUGAAUUAUUUAGGCACUCUCAAGUGACUAAGCACGUGCAAUUUUGUGGAGUUCACUUUGACAAUGCAGAUCAAUUUUGAUUCUGGACAUGACAAGAGCAUGGUGAGGGCAAUUGUAUCAGCAAGCUUUGUAAAUACCAGACUUACUGGA